AUGUAUAAUCCAUUGAUGGAAUUGCAAAGAAUGGUCGACAAUCUCGGUGAUCCAGAUGUACAAGUACAAUCUGAUCAAGUUCCUUCUACACAAGUACAAUCUGAUCAAGUUUCUUCUACACAAGUACAACCUGGUCCCGUUCCUUCUUCACACAUACAGUAUGUGCAAAUGCGGCCUGUACAAACACAGCUUCAACGAAUAACAUCACCACGACAUGAAAUAGCACCUGAACAAGCAUUAGAUGGAGAAAUUCUAAUAAUGAUAAGACAGAGAAGAUUCAAAAUGUGUAGACAAUUACCUUCACCAGAAAUUAAAGUAGUUUAUAUUGUUCAUCCCGAGAUUGACGACAAUUUUUUGUUAAACAAUGAUCUCGGAAAUGGAAAUGUCAAUCCAACAGAUCUUGGACUAAUGGUCUCAUUACAAGUCGAGUUGUUAAAAGCCAUGAAGUAUUUUGUUGAACUUGGACGAAUUACUUAUCGUAUUGCAGGUCUCCUCUUCAAUGCAAUCAAACAACAUAUAAUUCGUCGUUAA